AACUGACUUAUAUAUAAACAUUUAUAUUAUGAUUUAUAAUCAGUUUUAAUUUUUAAGAGGGAAAGUAAAGGCCAGAUUUUUGUUUAUAACAUACAUAUAUAUAUAGUUUUUUAAAACUGGUUAUUUUAACUGAUUUAUAUAUAUAAACAUUUAUAUUAUGAUUUAUAAUCAGUUUUUAUUUUAUUUUUAAGAGGAAAAGUAAACACCAGAGGUCUUUUUGAGUAAGAGCUUUCCACAUAGAACGAAUACUCUCUUUAAAUGUUCAGCAAGAGGAUUCAGCUGGUGUGACUUCAAGGCUCCCCUGAUGUAGGACCCACAGUGGCGGUGGUACUAAUCUGACCGUAGACUAUUACAUGUCAUCUUUCUUUAUCUGUCUGUCAAAAGAAGUCAUUUUAAAAAUCAGCUGCUUUCUAGCAUCACGUUGAUUAACUUUUUUCUUACCAAGAUUCCUUUCUUGAAAGACAUUUGUCCAGGAAGGUGGGAUAGAACAGAAUAAAAUUAAAACUUAGGCCUUUAUGGGAGAAAACUCCUUUUUAAGCAGGAGUCUAUAUGUGUUCUUGCCUGGAGAAUCCCAGGGACGGCAGAGCCUGGUGGGCUGCCAUCUGUGGGGUCGCACAGAGUCAGACACAACUGAGGUGUCGCGGCGGCGGCGGCGGCAGCAGCUAUAUGCAAUGCUUAGAUAUUAGUCAUUUUCUAAACUUCCUUUGAAAGCCGUUUAUCUAAAGUGACCACAAUCAUGACUUUCUUGACAGUUCCAGUCCCACUUUUUAAAAAAUGACAAGGUGUAUCUCCAUUUCAAUCAUUUUGAAAAAGGCCUUUUUAUGCAGAAAAAAUGAAAAGUCCGAUGACCGAAAUGUUCUUGUACCAUUGAUGGUGGUGGUGGUUUAGUCGCUAAGUCAUGUCCGACUCUUGCAACCCCAUGGGCUAUAUAUAGCCCACUAGGUUCUUCUGUCCAUGGGAUUUUCCAGGCAGGAAUACUGGAGUGGAUUGCCAUUUCCUUCUCCGGGGGAUCUUCCCGACCCAGAAAUCGAACCCAGGUCUCCUGCAUUGCAAGUUUCAUUCAGAUUGUUUAGAGUUUCACAACAAAAAAUUUCAGAUUUUCCAAAAUAUUGUAGUUCCUGCAUUAAGACUGCCAUUCAUGAGUUAUGGUCGGAUUAGUUUUAUCAUCAUUGGUCAAGUUUGAUUUACCCUAUUUCUUUUUUGUUAGUAAUUUUAUGUUUUUUGAAUUGGAGGAUAAUUGCUUUGUAAUGUUGCAUUGGUUUCUGCCGUACAACAGUGUGAAUCAGCCGUAAGGAUACGCAUGGCCCCUCCCUUCUGAACCUCCCGCCCACACCCUACCCCAUCCCACCACUCUAGGCUCUCACAGAGCACCAGGCGCUCCCUGCGUUAUACAGUAGCUUCCCACUAGCUAUUCUACUAGCUUACCCUAUUUCUAUAAGGGCUGGAAAUAAGGAAGGACACAUUGGCUCUGAAGAUGACAGAUACAGGAUUAAGUUACAAAAGCACAAAAUAAAUUGCCACUGAAAAAGCCAAGCUUCUCUUCCUCUGCUAUCACUUAAGGACUUGGGAGGUAGCAGGCUCUCUGAGUGGAGGUUCAGGUAGUUUGCUUGGAAAAGUUAGAGUGGUGAUAAUAAACCAGGGACUGUAGAAGUCUAGGCCAUUAGACUUGUAAAAGAAAUUUUUCUCACUUAUUAAAUCCUCUAAUUCUUAGAGAAUAACAUUGAUGAUCCCUGUCGUGUCCAACUCUUUGCAACCCCAUGGACUAUAGCCCACCAGGUUCCUCUGUCCGUGGGAUUCUCCAGGCAAGAAUACUGGAAUGGGUUGACAUUCCCUUCUCCAGGGGAUCUUCCUGACCCAGGGAUCGAACCCAGAUCUCCUGCAUUGCUGGCAGAUUCUUUACCGCCUGAGCUACCAGGGAAGCCCAUUGAUGAAUCCAAAGAAUGUUAAUGACUUGAAGAAGUGAUGGUUUGAAAUACUAAACUUAACAUGGAAAUAGCUGCCAUGUCCUUGUUGAUGCAGAGAAACUGCAAUAGACCUAAGAAAGGAUUUUUUUUUUUACAAAAGGAUUAAAGGAUGGAGGAGAGACGUCCUCUGCAGAAGAGCAAGCGCUUGGGUUCCAUAGCCCAGGCAUAGCAGCUGACUUAGUAACUGCAUUCAAGUAUCUGUUGAGCAAUUAUGCAGAUGGUGUACCUCAGGGCUUCUCUACCACCCAGAAGGGAAAACACUAUAGGAAGACUUGCUGGAUGUAAAGAAGAGCUUCUUAAAAAUAAGGGUUAUCAACUCUGUUAUCAAAGGGACUCUGAAAAAGCAGCUCUAAGUGGCCUUAAGUCCCAGAAGAGUGGUCCUUCCUGGGCUGGGCAGUCAGGGCUGUGCCCACUUCCCUCGCCUUGGGGGCUUCCAUCUGACAUUCCUCCCCAGUAGGAUGACACCCAGUUUGCACUCAUUUGAGGGCUGUGUAGACAGCCCUAAGAAUAACCCUGCAAGUUCUUAUCUUUCAAAUUUUUCUUCAUUUCUGUAUUCAAACUUAACAUGGCUUUCAUUAUUGGUUGUGUGAAAAGCACAAAAGAUAAUUGUGUCCUCCCAGCCAGCUAGGCAUAUGCAAAGUGUAUUUGUUUAAAAACACGUAAACAGAAGAUAUUCAUCUUAGAGGCAAGAUAUUUUUCUAGAUAAAUUACUCAUUUGAUCUUACCCAUUCAUUUAAUGUAUCUCACUUUAAAUUAAUUAAACAGUAAUUUGCCAGUUUUAGAAAGAGGUCUAAUUAUUUCUAAAAGAAGGUAUUUAACUUAAUUUUUUUAAGUGACAUCUGAAAGUAAUAUUAUUUGUGUCAGAAGGGUAAUGGAACUUUGAUUUAGUGACCCUAAGCUUAGUUGGAUUUUUUUUGUCAAUCUCAGUGAUAUAAGUGUUGUUUUGGAAAAAUAAUAUAAUGACCCCUGAUUUUUAAUGAACCAUCUUUUUUCUUUAUCUAUGGUGGUCGAACCCUAAGUAAAUCUAUUUUGCUACCAAUGUAUGAACAAUUAAGAAAAUUAGGAGUUGGAAAUAUAAUGAGCUAGUAAUGGGAUCAUAUUCUUAGAAUAUAAUGUAUGUUUAAUGUAAAGUGUGAAUUUCAUUACCAGUUGUUUCACAUUUCAAAUGUUUGAGUUCAUAGCAGACGAGGCCACAAUGCUCCAAAGAAGCAAAUGAUAGCAAACCCUCCUGAACUUUGUAAAACAGACAAACCCACACAUAGAGCCCAUGGAAUGGAGGGUAGAUGGAUAAGAUGUGAAGGGUGUCGGGUACAUCUUCUGUCCACAGAUAUGUCCCAUGGCAGCCUUUUUGUGAUGCAGUCAUAGGCCUAGUCCAUAUCAGGGGAAUAGUGAAAGUGUUAGUGGCUCAGUUGGGUCUGACUCUUUGCAACCCCAUGGACUGUAGCUCACCAGGUUCCUCUGUCCAUGAAAUUUUCCAGGCAAGAAUACUGGAGUGGGUUGCCAUUUCCUUCUCCAGGGUAUCUGCCCGAUCCAGGGAUUGAACUCUGGUCUCCCACAUUGUUGGUGGAUUCUUUACCGUCUGAGCCACCAGGGGAAUAUUCUUUUGUGGUUAUUUGAAUACUGAGAAUUUCCACAUUCUCUAACCACAGUGCAAUACAGGUUAGCACUUACACAUUGCCAGUGCUGUCCCCUUUUUUAAGGUGACAGGCAGUUUUACUGGUUAUAUAAGCUUAGCACAAUCAACCCUCCCUAUUCAUGGAUUCCCGAUUGUGUACAUUCACAUACUCAGUGAAAUUUAUUGUGAUCCUAAAAUACUAAACAUUUUCAUGAUAAUUUGCAGACAGGUGCAAAGUGGUAAAAAAAUAAAUAGUUACUCAAGGCAUUCCCAGAUAAGGUUGAACAGGUAGCAAGUUUCAGGUCUCAUACUGUAAGCAGGUGUCCUUUUCACAGCCUAUUGAGUACCCUAUUGUUGCUUUUUUGUGUUCUUGUUGGUGAUUUUCACUGUCUAAAAUGACCUCCAGGCAUAGCACUGAAGCACUCUCUAGUUCCCCAGUACAGGGAGGCUGUGAUGUGCCCUAUAGGAAAAAUGUGUGUCAGGUAAGCUUUGUCCAGGAUUAAGUUACAGUGCUGCUGACUGUGAGUUUGAUGUUAAUGGAUCAAUAAUAUAUAUUAAAGAAGUGGUCUUUAAACAGAAACACACAUAAAACAAGGUUAUGCAUUGAUCAGUUGAUGAAAAUUUCAUGACCAGAGGCACCCAGGAACCUGACUCUGUCUUUCCUCUAGGAGCCGUGGUUCAGCACUCACUAAUUGCAUGUUCAUUGAUUCAGUAUUCACUAGUCCAGUGUUCACGGAUUCAGUGUUCACGACAACUUUGUAGACCAUAAUUGUCAUGAAUACCUAGAAUCAACUCUCUUUAUGGAUUUUUCUGCUUUUUUGUCCAGGUUUACUUUUGCUAUUCAGGUCUCAGAUGGCCCUUAAAUUGGGCCAAAAAAAAAAAAAAAUGCAUUCACCAUGGAUCAUCUAUAAAUGCUAGAGAGAAUCAUCUUUAUUCCCUGAAUCUGACUUCUGUGACUUUCCAUUUAGACCUUGGAGUGCAACUCUGGAUGCAUAUUCCAAUCACCUACAAGACUUUUAAACUACUGAUACCUGGGUUCUGCAUCAGAGUCUGAUUUAAUUAGAGGUGCACCUCACACAUUACUCUUACUUAAAAGCUCUCCACAUAAUUGUAGUGCACAACCAAGUUUGAGAACCCCCAACCCAAGCAGAAAUGAAAGUCACAGCUCCGUAGAGACCCUUAUGAGCAAGUAACAGCUCUGUGAAUUUUGCAGGCCACUGUAGGGCCUUGUGUCCCAAUUAUGACACAGACAUGAAUGUUUAAGUAACUAAAUGAAAUAGAAUGUGCAUCUGACUCUGUCUUAAAAGUGAAGUCGCUCAGUUGUGUUCGACUCUUUGAGACCCCAUGGACUAUAGCACACCAGGCUCCUCCAUCCAUGGGAUUUUCCAGGCAAGAGUACUGGAGUGGGUUACCAUUUCCUUCUCCAGGGGAUCUUUCCUACCCAAGGAUCAAACCCUGGUCUCCCGCAUUGCAGGCAGACUCUGUCUUAACCCCUAGUAAAUGUCUCGAUCAUCAGCUUUUCUUUAUCGAUACAUCUUCACUUCUCUUUAGUCAAACUCACUGGGUUGGAGUUGAUCAUACAUAGGAUUAAUGGUAGCAUUUGUCCCCUCAUGUUACCCUUUUCUGUUAUAGGGUAGGCACAGUUCUGAAUGCAGACCAUGUGGACAUUUUUAAUUAUAGACACAGACGUUUUUAAAAUUAGUUGAUGUCAGAUAACAGGAUAUGCUGAAAACCACUGUUUUCCUGCUGCUGGGUCUUUUUUUUUAAGCUUUCAUCCUAGGAAAAACAUUUAGCUCAGUGAUUAUAAUUAGAAGCCUAGUCUUGGUAUUCUGAAAAGUACCUAUAAUUUCAACCUUUCCUUCCUGUUUCUUAUUUCUGUUGGAAAAAGAGGCUCUGAUUGAAAGUUUAAAGCAUAAAUCCACAUUUAAUGAUUCCACAGGGUACAUUUUGUCUCUUCCAAUAUCUUUCUCCAAAAUGGGGCAGGACAGGAAUUUUUUUUCCCCUUCAAAAUGUCUUCUUUGUUCCUUAUUUAAAAGGAGCGUCUGAGAGCAGUGCUAUCAGAAUCUGUCAGCAGGCCCUUCUGGAGAACAUUCCAGAUGCUCCUCUAUAACCUCUUGCAGGAAAAUGAUUAGAGUACUGAAAGCUUUGUAAACACAUACAUAGGAAUUUUAAAUACCUCUGAUAAAAUUAUACUGCUUAACAAACAGCAAGUUUUAUUUUCAAAGUUCCAUUCAUCUAGAUACUUUGAACUCUGUUAUUAUUUUUAAAUUGCUUUACCCAAAUGUCCUUUCUGUCACUAUUCUGUGGAGUUUCAUUAGCUACCGAGCCUGUGCAGAGAGACAGGCUCAGUAAUUAAUGUAUUGUCCCUUGAAUUAUGCCUUUUUAAUACUAAAGAAAGAAAUAAAAAUAGACAAAAGGAAAACACACAUAUGUAAUGUUUUUCUUAAGUUUAUAUGUUAAAGACAAAUACGAUUUGAAAUACUUAAUUCUUCACCAAGAUAUUCUGAAGCUAACUUUUCAGAAUUACCAUGUUAUAGAAGUUCAAAAAAGCUAUAAUCUUGAGUAUAUUUUGUGUUUAUUUGUAGAAUAAAGACCUCAAGCUAGGCUGGGUUUUUCAGAUUAGUAGGUAAUACAAUGAUCCGUGUGUAUUUCCUUCCUCUGUAUCAGGCAGCUCUUUAGUGCAGAGUAUGAUCAAGAAUUUGUCCAAAAUGGAAGGGAGGAUUUAUUCCUAGCUUUUUUUUUUUUAAUCUUAGCGUUUUCAUUUGAAUACUCAUUUCCACAGUAUUGCAGAUGACAGCCAUAUAAACACUUAUUGAGACUCCAGGAAGUCCUUUAUUCCACUCUUGCAUGUUCUGUGUUUGUAGAAACGAGAAAUGUUUGAGUUCUAAAAACACCGGAGAGUCACAGAAUAAUCUGUUACACUUUGGAAGUAAUUAUUCAACUUUGAGAUUAAUUUUCCAAAUUAACAGACAAUAAUUCUUCUGGAAAAGAAAAAGAAUGACUAUUAUAUGUGUAGCACAAGAAACGAGCUCUCUUCCUAACUUGCUUUUUUGGAAACUGUCUGCUUCCUCCUCUCCCACCCAACCCCCUUUAUUCAAACAGACUGAAGAAGAAAGGGAGAUUUCUGAAAAGGUUCUAUUUUUGCAGCAAGGAAGCUCUCCAUUCUUUGAGUCUCAGCCCAGUGUGAUACAGAAAAUUCAGGAAGGAGACUCAGCAAUCUCUGUGGUUACCUCUCGUCAAAUCAUUUUCCAGAAAACUGUCCCAUCGACCCUAGAGGGCACAGAGGAUUGGGUUAUUGUAGACAAAGUGCCCACUGAGGUAGCUGAUGGUGAUUCGAAAAAGACUGUGACGUACAAGGUGGUGACCUUGAGCAGUAGAACUGGUGACAUCCCCGCCGACCUCUUAGGAUCAAGCACCAUGGAAGUGCAGAGCUUCGAAGACUUGGCCCAAGAAAUGCACUUGAAGGAAGAGAACAAGCAGAAGAUAUACACGCUCGGAAAGUCCUACGACACCGUGUCUGGAAAAAUUGUCACGAUGACCGGAAGAGGCAGAGAAGGCGAGAAGGUGGUGUCGCCCUCCACUGUGGAGCGGGGACUGGCCGAGUCCAUAAAGACCCCCCUCGUCCUGGCCGAGUUCGAGGUCCUGGGAGCUGUAGCCGAGGACAGGGCCAGGAGGGGGGCCGAGGUCCACACCCCGAAGAGGAGGCUGUCAGAGUCGCUGGCCCCCAUCAAGGAAGCCGAGUCCCGACGGCAGAGCCCGGAGGACGAUGCUGUGGGGAAAGCCCAGGUGCCCGGGAGGGAUGCUGGCCUGGAGGGCCCGCGACUAGGCCGAGCGGAGCCCGAGGCCUUGAAGGUGGGGCCCUUUGGUCCCCGCAGGAAGAGCCUGUCUGAGUGGAGGUACUCGCAGGAACCGGCUGUCACCGUCGCCACUGCCCGUUAUGUCGUCACCAAGUCGGCCGCGUCCCGAGUCGUGGUAACCGGGGCCGCCUUUGGGCCGCCGUUUCCGAUUCCAGCAUGACUGUUUGCAGAGGCAGCCCUUCCACCCCAGCCUUUCCGUUUCUCUGGCUGUUUGGCUUAUGUUGAGAGCCGCCAACCCGAGCUUUUUGGUUGUUUUCAUGGUUAAAGUCACCACGCGGUCCGACGUGCGCCUUGAGACACCUGCCGUUUUAUUUCAGCUCUUGUCCCCGAGGUGGGGUGGUGCUGCCGGCCUUGCGGGGCCAGGAAAGGAUCUGCUUCACCCAGCACCGCCCCAACCCAGGAACUCUCUCCGCUUUCCCGAACCAGAGCCCCUGCUCACCCCGAUGACUGGCUGUUUUGAGUUCCCCUCCCUUUCUGUAGCUCCCGCCAUCCCUCACCCUGGGUCCCACGCCCACCAUUGUGUCUCACCGGCUGUGAAUGUGUACAUGCCCACGUGUGUCCCGACCACUGUGCCUGACUCUCCAUUUCUCUGUUC